UGGGAGAGAGCUCAUCCAGCGCUGUGAGCCACACACACCAGGAAGUCUUCCAGCAUGAGUUACUCUCUGGAAACUAUAGGAAGCCCCUCUUAUAGGAGGAUGGCCGAGACCAGGACCAUCUACAGCCGGACCAGCAGCUCCCCAUCCAGUGGCUUCAGGUCCCAGAGCUGGUCCAGGAGCAGUCCCAGCACCAUCUCCUCCUAUAAGAGGAGCAACCUGGCUGUCCCCAGAGGGUACAGCUCCAGCGACAGCUUGGACCUAAGCCAGUCCUCAGUCUACAAUGGGGACCUCAAGCAAGUCCGAUCCAGCGAGAAGGAACAACUGCAAGGACUCAAUGACCGCUUCGCCGGCUACAUCGAGAAGGUUCAUUACCUGGAGCAGCAGAACAAGGAGAUCGAGGCGGAGAUCCAGGCCCUGAGACAGAAGCAGAGUGGACACAGCCAGCUGGGGGAUAUGUACGAAGAUGAAAUGCGGGACCUCCGCUCCAACCUGGAGGCUCUCAGCCACGAGAAGGCGCAGAUCAUGCUGGACACCGAGCACCUGGAGGAAGACAUGCAGAGGCUAAAGGACAGGUAUGAAGAAGAAGCUCGGAUCAGGGAUGACACCGAGGCCAUGAUCAGGGCUAUGAAGAAGGACAUGGAUGACACGUCCUUGGUCAGGGUGGAGCUGGACAAGAAGGUGCAGAGUCUCCAAGAAGAGGUGGCCUUCCUCAAAAGUAACCACGAUGAGGAGGUCAACGAGCUCCUGGCCCAGAUCCAGGCUUCACACAUCACGGUGGAGAGGAAAGACUUCCAGAAGACAGACCUGGCCUCCGCCUUGCGGGAAAUCCGCUCCCAGCUGGAGGGACACUCCAACCAGAACAUGGUGGAGACAGAGGAGGUCUUCAGGUGCAGGUAUGCCAAGCUGACCGAGGCUGCCGAGCAGAACAAGGAGGCCAUCAGAUCGGCCAAAGAUGAGAUAUCCGAAUACAGGAGGCAACUACACAGCAAGAGUGUAGAGCUGGAGUCUGUCCGGGGAACCAAGGAGUCACUGGAGAGACAGCUGAAUGACAUAGAGGAGAGACACAACCAUGACCUUAUCAGCUACCAGGAAACCAUCCAGCAGCUGGACAACGAGCUGAAGGGAACCAAAUGGGAGAUGUCACGUCAUUUGCGGGAAUACCAAGACCUGCUCAAUGUCAAGAUGGCUCUGGAUAUAGAAAUUGCUGCAUACAGGAAAUUACUUGAAGGUGAAGAAACGCGGUUUUCCACCUUCGCUGGCAUGCACAGUCCUUCUGCUCCUCUCAGACAUGCACCUAUCUCUAUGUCCUCCAGCAGAGUGCAGCAUGUGAGAUCAGAGCCCCCAAGGGUAAAAGUGCAGCACAAGUUUGUGGAAGAGAUUAUUGAGGAGACCAAGGUGGAGGAUGAGAAGUCAGAUAUGGAGGCAGCACUGGCUGCAAUGGCAGAAAGGUUUGCAUCAGGCCUUCUAGAUGAAGACGUAGAAAAAGAAGAAGAGGAAGAAGUUGAAGAAGCAAUUGAAGAAGAAAUUGUAGCAGCUGUAGAAUCUUCCGUACAAGCAGCCGCACCUAAAGAGGAAGAGGCAGGUGAGGAGGAGGAGGAAGAGAAGGGAGAGGAAGAAGCAGAGGUAGAAGAGGAGGAAAAAGAAGAAGUAGAAGAAGAAGAAGAGGGUGAUAAAGCUGAGGAUGAGACAGAAGAGGAGGUAGAGAAGGAAGAGGAAGAAAAGGCAGAUGAAGAAGAGGAAGUAAAGGCAGAUGAGGAAGAGGAAGUAAAAGUAGACGAAGAAGAGGAAGAAGGGAAAACCGAAGAAGAAGGGAAAGAUGAGGGAGAAGAAGGGGAUGCUGAGGAGGAAGAGAAAGUAGAAGAAGCAGACGGUGAGGGAGAGAAGGAGGAUGAAAAAGAAGAAGAAGGAGAACAGGUUGAAGAGGCAGAAGAAAAAGAGGAAGGAGAAGCAGAAGAAGCUGGUGAGGCAGAGGCAGAAGAAGAAGCUGGAGAGGAAGAGAAAGAGGGUGAAGCUGAGCAGGAAGCAGAGGGGACAGAAGAAGCCCCAGAGGAGACACAAGAAGAGGAAGUAGUGGAAGAGCCAAUAGUAGAAACUAAAAUAGUUAGAGUAAAAACUGUAAUAGAAACUAGAGUAGUUGAGGUUUCAGAAGACAAGAAAGUAGAGGAGGAAGAGACAGAAAAAGGAGAUGAUGAAGCAGAGGAAAAAGCUAAAGGAGAAGAAGAAGGAGAAACAGAUGAAGUUAAAGAGGAGCAGGAAGAAGGAAAAGGAGAGACAGAGGAAGAAGGAGAUACAGAGGAAGUAGAAGAAGAAACAGGCAAAGAGAAAGAGGCUGGAGAUGAAACAGAAGAAGUUGAAAAAGAAAAGAAAGUAGAGUCCCCUGAGGAAAAGAGUGAAGAAGAGACAAUAAUUGUCUCCAAAGCAGCCUCUGUAGGAUCACAGAAGGAAGAAACAAAAGAUCAGGAAGAAGAGGAAGACAGUGCACCAAGGGAAGAUGGGAAGGAAGACACUGCAGUGAAUGGAGAUGUAGAGGAAGAGGCAGAAGAGAAAGAAGAGAGUGAGGACAAGGGUGUAGUUACCAAUGGUCUGGAUGAUAGCCCCUCAGAGGACAAGGACAGCAGCAAGAGCCCACAAAAAGUAAUCAUCACCAAGAAGAUUGAGACUACAACCACUGAGGGUGAGGAUGGAACAAAGUAUAUCACAGAGUCAGUAACAGUUACCCAGAAAGUGGAAGAACACGAGGAAACUGUACAAGAGAAAGUGGUGUCCACCAAGAAAGUAGAAAAAGUUACUUCACAUGCAGUGGUCAAGGAGGUCACUGAAGACAAGUGAGGCAAAACUCAUUAUGUUUCCAGCAAGCAACAGGACUGAAUAAGCCAUAAGAUUAACUGCAUGUAAAGUGUCAGCUUCUAAUGGGCUUCUAGCAGAAGGGGUUCUCUCGUGGGGUGGGGGCUCCAGACACUGUAAUAUUACUUUCUGUGCAAUAUUUGGGGGAGGGCAAUGCAUGCUAGCUCCAGAUGUGCCCCUCCCACACAACUUUGGGAAAUUACACAAAAAACAACUGCAUGAUAUGUACAAGGAAGAAAAGUUUUGGGAGUUUCCUAAGUUGUAGUGGGCAAGGGUUAUCGUGGUCUGGGAACUAGAUUCCUAAAGGUUGUGAGCUAAAUUAUGCAAAGAACCAACUGAGCCAAAAAAGGGGGGAGGGACCAUGAAACAGAACUUUUAUCGCCUUAAUAAAAUGAACCUGUCCUUAUGUUUACCUCACUGGUGCAAUUAACAGACUGCAGGUCAUGGGAGAACCUGGUUGAGUUUAAAACAACCUGCUAUUGAUUUAUGUAAUAGCGAACCUUGCUCAAUAAAAGGUCAUAUUGAAAAAACAA